AUGAGUUCCGAAAAACCUCCACCCUACUCAAACCCAGGCCCAACUGCUAUCCCACUUCCACCCAAUCAGCAGCAGCAAGCAGGUGGUCCUCAACUAUAUCCUCCUCCCGGGCCUUAUCCUCCUGGGCCUCCAGGACCAUAUCCUCAUGCAGGAUAUUAUCCAUACCCAGGCUAUCCACAAGCCUGGCAUGGCGGACACCCUCAUCCAUAUCCAGUGGUUGUGGUGGAAGAGCAAAGAAGGGAUAAUGCAGCCCAGAAUUCCUGCCUCGCAGCUUGCUGGGCUGCACUCUGCUGCUGUUGCCUUCUAGAUGCGUUUAAUUGA